UGUUUGGUUCUAUAUAUAGCUGGUUGAUGUCAGCGGGAUGCCAGUCUCUUUGAAGAGGAUCAGCCCCCAGUUUAUCUCGGUACUUGGUACCAUGCAGACCCAAGCACAAGGAUAGAAACCACCCAGGACCAGGCGGGUCAUCCCCAUUCAUAACUAACUCCAGAAACUUCAUCAAAAGGGUUGGGAUUCACUUUUUUUCUGCACCACAAAGCCUAACAAUAGGCAAGGAAAACCUCAUCUGACAAUCGCAAUGUUAUCACAUUCUGCCAUGGUUAAGGAGAGGAAACAACAAGCAUCAGACAUUAUGGAUGAAAUACGCAGAAAUGAAUCACUCAGCCUAGAUCUUGGAAAGAAAGUCAGCAUCCCCAAAGAUAUCAUGGUAGAGGAAUUAUCAACACUCAGCAACAGAGGUGCAAGGCUAUUUAAGAAGCGUCAAAGGAGAUCUGACAAAUACACCUACGAAAACUAUCAUUAUGUAACAAACAAGCCAAGGAACCGUGGUGAACCCAUACAGAGUGUUAAACUGGAAACUAUGAGUGUGGAUAGUGUCCAACAGCAUGCACCAAUGACACCUCCUAAUACACCUGACCCCCGGAGCCCACCGAAUCCUGAAAACAUUGCCCCAGGAUAUUCUGGACCACUGAAAGAAAUUCCUCCUGAAAAGUUCAACACUACUUCUGUGCCAAAAUAUUAUCAGUCACCCUGGAUAGAAGCUAUCAGAAAUGACCCAGAGCUGUUGGAGGCUUUAUACCCUAAACUGUUUAAGCCUGAAGAAAAGCCAGAGCUGCCUGACUACAGGAGCUUUAACAGAGUUGCCACUCCAUUUGGUGGUUUUGAGAGAGCCUCGAAGCUGGUUAAAUUCAAGGUACCAGAUUUUAAUCUAUUGCUGCUAAAUGAUCCCAGGUUCAUGGUCCUUGCAAGCCCUUUGUCCAGCAGGAGGUCCUUCAAUAGGACUCCUAAGGGAUGGGUGUCUGAGAAUAUUCCUGUAGUGUUCAUCCAGCGUUCUGAUUCCAAUGCUGUUCCAGAAACGGAUGACCUGUGAAUGAGAAGCU